GCAACUCAUUCGAUGACGAAGUAGUCAAGUGUUUGCGAAAAGAACGAAAGCAACGUCAAGCUGAAAAUUUCGAAAAAUCCAAAAAACGUCUUGAACGUCAAAGACAAAAUUCAAAUUCAGAAUAAAAAAACAAUGAAGGACGAUUACCACGAAAGUUUCACCGCUGAUGACAUCCAAAAUUUCCCUUCUGUCGUCGAUCGUUUCUACGAAAAGUUCCGAUAUUCGUACCAAACGGAGGAAAAUCACCUCGUUCUUGCCCAUUCAAAUGGCAUCGUCCUUGUGCAAUUGUGUCCCGAGCAUCCCGUGUUCCAAAGUGGCAUCGCCGAAAUUAGUUACGACGUGGGGCAGGUCGAUCGGAGCAAUAAUGAGGUGAAAGGGAAAAGUAAACGCGGGGGAUUGGUGUUGCAAGAAAGGACACAACUUGCCGUAAUUCGGUCCAAAGACGGGAAAGAAUAUAAAAUUGUGUCGCCAUUGGCGGGAAAAUUAGUAGAAGUGAACAAAAGUUUGGCGGAAAAUCCAGAUUUGGUGAGAAAGGAAGGCGAUGGUUAUGUUGCGAUAAUUUUACCGAAGCAGGAUGUCCUGAAAAAGGAGAAAGUUAAAUGGGAGCAGAUUGGAGGUCCAAUUGUUAGAAUAGAAAAUGUUUAAAAAUUUUUAAAAAAUAUUUAGUAAUAAAAGUUAAUAGAGCAAUAAAUUGAAGAAAAUGUUUUGAAUUUUA